UUUAUUUGAUUUCAAGCCGGUAUUGGUGACGAAACGAGAACCCUUCGCCAUGGGUUGGAACCCUUCCUCCCAAUCGACCGAUACAUAAACGAAAUAUUUACUCAGCCACCCAAACCGCAGACAAGUUCUGGCCAGUUCAAUGCGUGCAAAGUUCGGAAAGUUUUCGUGAUUUUCGUGGUGUGAAUUUUCCCUUGAAUUUCCGCCUCAUCCGUCUAAAUUUGUGUUCAUCCCGGGGACCCGGAACGCCUCGCGGGAUAGGUUAUCAAUUUCGGGUAGCUCUUAUCUCUACAACCUCGAGUUUCGCGAAUUUGGUGCGCUUUAGAGAAGGAUUACUGUUCGCAGUUUACGCUGGCCUCGGAUUGAAAUUUUGUAGCUUCUGUAAUUGGACUUGAUUUUCUUGUUUCGCCAUUACACGACCAGAGCUUGCCUCCUACCAGAACAGCUUAGCUUGUGAAUCGUAUGACACGAGGAAAUGGCUCCAAAAAUCCGGCUGCCAGAGGUAAUUCCGCGGCGUUCGUCCUGGUCUCGCACCGCUGCGGCGAAACAGCGGUGAACCCAAGCCCCGUUCAAAAACAUUCCCAGUGAUUUUCAUUUUUUUUUUUUUUGAAUUUUUUGUUUCUCGCCCCCUUUGUUUCUGUUAAUCGUUGCGCACGCAGUCAGCCACGAGCCGUGGCCUUUGUUAUUAUUUAUCUAAUCGACUAAGUAUUAAAUACCGUUUAUACAUAUUUUAUUUUUUUUACUUACAGUAGUUAGUUGAAUUUUUCUACGAGUUGUUUUCCACGGUGACGCGUUGAGGUUUCUGUCCGGGAAUGCGUUGCGAUCGUUGAGUGUUGCUUAUCCCACGGUGCGUUCGCGUUCAUGUAACAAUUCAAAUUUCCCGCGCUUCAACGAUGGCAAACAUGAGCGGAGCGAAGGAGUACGUCACGGUGAGCAGUUUCUACCAGAACCAGUCGGUGUUCGUGACCGGAGGCACCGGUUUCAUGGGCAAAGUCCUCGUCGAGAAGCUCCUCCGUUCUUGUCCGGGGAUCAAGUUCAUAUUCCUCCUCAUGAGGCCCAAGCGUGGCCAGGAUAUCAAAGCUCGCCUCGAGGAGCUCAUCAACGCACCGCUCUUUGAGCGGCUGAGACAGGAGCGGCCUAGUGAAUUAAACAAAAUAGUUCCUAUUCUGGGUGACAUCACGGAACCCCGGCUGGGCAUCAGCCCGAUGGACGAGGAGCGGCUCAUCCAAACCGUGUCCAUCGUCUUCCACUCGGCGGCCACUGUGAAAUUCGACGAGGCGCUCAAACUUUCUGUUACCAUAAAUAUGUUAGGAACCAAACGUCUGGUAGAGCUCUGCCACCGGAUGCAUGGUCUCAGGGCCCUUAUCCAUGUUUCAACAGCAUACUGCAAUUGUGAUCGAGAAGAAGUUAAAGAAGUAAUUUAUCCUCCUCCCUACGAUCCCGAAAAAAUAAUUAACUGCAUGGAAUGGAUGGACAAUGAAUUAAUCCAAGCACUCACACCUAAAUUAAUUGGGAAUCGACCCAACACGUAUACAUUCACUAAAGCUCUAGCAGAAGAUAUGCUCUUAAAAGAAAGUGGCAAUCUGCCUGUAUCAAUAGUGAGACCUUCUAUCGUUCUGUCAUCCCUCAAAGAGCCUGUAGCUGGCUGGGUGGACAAUUGGAAUGGACCAACCGGCAUCAUCGCAGCAGCAGGAAAGGGCUUUUUUCGAACGAUGCUAUGUCAUGAAGAAAAAAUUGCAGAUCUUGUGCCAGUUGACAUAGUUAUCAAUUUAAUGAUUUGUGCUGCUUGGAGGACAGCUCAUUCAACAAGGCGUGAUGGAAUUAUGGUGUAUAAUUGUUGUACUGGUCAGCAAGUGCCGAUUACGUGGAGAGAAUUCGUUGACUACAGUUUCUUAGCCAUGAGGAGAAACCCUCUUUGUGAUUUAAUGUGGUAUCCUGACGGGCAGUGUCAGUCGAAUUGGCUCCUAAAUUCCAUCUAUGCUUUUACUUUCCACAUUCUACCGGCUCACGUUAUUGAUCUAUUCAGACGAUUUACAGGAAAAAAACCAAUGAUGGUAAAUAUUCAAGGAAAACUAGAGAAAGCAGCAAAAUGUUUAGAAUACUUUUCAACGCAGCAAUGGCGUUUUCUAGAUGACAAUGUUAGAGCCUUAAAUAUGUCCUUAUCGGUGGAUGAUAGGAGAGAAUUCUGUUUUGAUGUUAAUGAAAUCGACUGGGCUUCGUAUAUUGAAUCUUAUGUUCUUGGGAUAAGACAAUUUAUUUUUAAGCAGCAUCCAAAUACACUUGAAGAUUCUAGAAAACAAUUGAAUAAAUUAUUGUGGCUGCACCGAUUAUCGCAAAUGAUUAUGCUGUUGGCUGUGUGGCGUGUCUUACUCAUGCGCUCAAAAGCUGUGCGGCAAUCGUGGUUCUCUUUUCUAGACAUGGUGUUGCGUGUUCUAAGAUUUAUUCCGUACGUUUGAGAAUCAUCAUCAGUAUCAUUGCUCAUAAUUUUUUUUUGAUGCAGUUCGAAUAAUUAGCGCCAAAUGUUUUCAAAAUAAGUCAUAAAAUUUUACCGAAUAAUCAUGUCUCACGGAGCCUUUUCUACGGAGUCUACGGAUAUUUUUUAAUUUUUUUUUUAUUUAAGUAUAUUUCUCAUAUUGUAUCAGAGAUUGAAUUAGGAUGUGUAAUUAGCACUUUAAAAAGACAUCUGUAUAUUUUAUUAUAAUUUUGCAUCUUUCAUAGUAGCUAUGUAUUCUUUUACCUGCAUUUUGUCCUACAGGAGUUGAAACCUGAAGUUUUGAAGAGAUUUGCGACUGAAAAAUAACCAAAGAAUGACCAAAGUACUGUAUUAGACCAAAGAGUUGUAAGAUUUCAGUUUGCAAAGCUUUAACAAGUCAUGGUGUUCCAACAAAUUUGUGUUAAAACUGGUUGAUAACUCUGCUAAGAAUUGAUUGUAGCGCUAUGCCUCAGUGUCAUUUUACAGAUCCUAAAUUUGAACAAUAUAGUAAACUUAAGUUUCGCCUAAGUGUUACAAAAAUCAGUCUGCCAAAAUCUAAAUUAUCAGGAAAAGGUAUACUACUCGUUUAAGGAGAGACUUCAUGGGUAAUUUCCCACUGAUUCCAUCCUUGUCUCCGAGGUCAUUUGAAUGUCUCAGUUUUCUCUUUAGAUGCGAAGGUAUCUUCCUGAAAAUGCUAACUUUACUACAUUGUGUUUGUGCAUUAGUUUUGUUUUUUAUUGUACAAUUUUCUCCAUUAGUAUGUAAGCGAAUCUUUGCGAUUGAAUACGAUUUGCUUCAUGAAUUGGUGAAGUGAGGCGGAUGUUUGGUAGAUGUUCCAUCCUCUAAGAGACAAGAAUGGAUGAAUCCAGGAAAUUCUGAAGAAAAUUUAGAAAUCGAUGGUUCAAUUUGUAAAACAUAGCAUCAAACUCUUCCAGAAUUGAAUUCAGAAUUUUCAGUGGAUGGAUCAGACUUGCUGCUGCUGAGACAAAUGACAAAUUGAUUAUGAUGCGGAAAAAUGCCCAAUUAUUGAAUAUGAUAAAAAAAUCAAUCAUGUUCAAUCGUGAGAAUUUGCUGCAUUUCUCUUAGAUUUUCUCUGGGUCAAACUUAUGUCAUGACCAAAGAAUGAAACCAAAGAAACUCUGCAAGUAACCUUUAGUCUAUAAGUUUUGAACUUCAAUCCAAGAAAAACAUCUCGGAUAGGUUUCAAGGUCAGUAUUACUACCAACUAAAACCGCAAGACGUACCGAAGUAUGUCAUUUUUUUGUCUCAUUUUCUUUGUAUACAAAUGGGGUCCCAAAUUUAAUCAUGAAACAUAUAGCUUGUUUCUUUUUUCCAAGCUUAUUUUUUAUCAAAAUCUGUCACCUGCUUCUGGAAGGAAUGCAGAUUGUUUCAAGUGAAUUGUUAUAUUUUGUUUUUUUUCCUCAUGCUUGUUACGCUGUGUCUUGUCCUAGUUUCCUAUGAGUGUCUUUAAUCACAUGUACUUCCUGCCCGAAACUUCAGCCCAGUCUAAAAUUUGCGAAUAUUAUCAGUAUUAUCCAUGAUGCAAGUUGUAGUAUCUCAUAGUGCUGUUGAUCUUUGAUAAUAGGAAAGGGUUUUAGUAGAACCUAUUUGCAGCAUUGCUUUUUUCAAUUCUCGACUAUGAGAUUUCAAAAUUAAAGCUGAGUUUCAGUUCCUCAGAAAUAUUUCUGGAAUCUUUGACGUAUUUGUUUGUUUUGGCUUUAUUUGUAGCCAAUUAUAUUACUUAAUUUUACUUAUUCACAGAAAAAUUUGCCCAUCACCAGGGCAGGUGUAAUGACCCUCUGAUUGUGUCCAUACCACACCAGGUCUCUAAUUUUGUCCUCAAUGUAGGGGACUGUUAUUUUAGCUAGUUCAGUUUACUGAUAAAAAUGCCCUUACCAAACAAAA